AUGAGGAAAACCUCUGAGGAUUGUCUCACUUUGUCUCCAGACUGGAAAGUAGAAGAUGAGGACAUCACACAGUAUAGUCCAGGAGAAAACCCGGCUCCCUCCAAUGUCCAUCCGACACCACCCACUGUAGAUGGACCAUCGGAUUCCUCGUAUCCUGAGGAACCUCAGACUGUGCGGGACCGGGCCGGCCUUCCAACAGACAAGAGGUUUCCCUGUACGGAGUGUGGGAAGAGUUUCCAUUUUAAAUCUCAUCUUAACGUACAUAAAAGAUCUCACACGGGGGAAAAGCCAUAUUCCUGCUCUGAGUGUGCAAAAUGUUUUUCAAAGAAGUCCCAUCUUUCCACACAUCAGAGAUCUCACACGGGGGAAAAGCCAUUUUCCUGUACUUGGUGCGGGAAAUGUUUUAUACAGAAAUCAGAACUUGUCAUACAUCAGAGGUCUCACACGGGGGAGAAGCCAUUUUCUUGUCCUGAUUGUGGGAGGUGUUUUUCACAGAAGUCUGGUCUUUACACACAUCAGAGACUGCACACAGGUGAUAAGCCGUAUUCCUGUCCUGAGUGUGGGAAAAGUUUUAUACAAAAAUUACAACUUGUAACACAUCAAAUGUCUCACACGGGGGAAAAACCGUAUUCCUGUUUUGAGUGCGGGAAAUGUUUUUCAAGGAAGUCACAUCUUUCCUUACAUCAGAAGUCUCAUACAGGGGAGAAGCCGUAUUCAUGUCCUGAGUGUGAGAAAUGUUUUUCAAGAAAGUCACAUCUUUACAGACAUCAAAGAACUCACACGGGGGAAAAGCCGUAUUACUGUCCUAAGUGCGGGAAAUGUUUUUCAAGGAAGUCACAUCUUUGCAGACAUGACAAUUCUCACACCAUCCACAGGAGGUUUUCCUGCACUGAGUGUGGGAAAUGUUUCCCUUCAAAAUCCAAACUUAUUGUGCAUAGAAGAUCCCACACAGGGGAAAAACCAUAUUCCUGUCCUGAGUGCGGGAAAUGUUUUUCAGAGAAGUCCCAUCUUUCAAUACAUCAGAGGUCUCACACAGGAGAGAAGCCAUUUUCUUGUCCCGAUUGUGGGAGAUGUUUUUCACAAAAGUCCAUUCUUUACACACAUCAGAGACUGCACACAGGUGAGAAGCCAUAUUCCUGUUCUGAGUGCGGGAAAAGUUUUGUACAAAAAAUUCAACUUGUCACACAUCAAAUGGCUCACACAGGGGAAAAGCCAUAUUCCUGUUUUGAGUGUGGGAAAUGUUUUUCAAGGAAGUCGCAUCUUUCCAUGCAUCAGAGAAUUCACACAGGAGAGAAGCCGUAUUCCUGUUCUGAGUGUGGGAAAUGUUUUUCCAGGACGUCCCAUCUCUACAGACAUCAGAGAUUGCACACGGGGGAGAAGCCACAUCCCUGUCCUGAGUGCGGGAAAUCUUUUUCAAGGAAGUCCCAUCUUUGCAGACAUCAGAGAUCUCACACGGGGAGAAGAGGUUUUUCUGUCCUGAGUGCGGGAAGGGUUUCCGUUUUAAAUCCAAUCUUAAUGUGCAUAAAAGAUCUCACACGGGGGAGAAGCCGUAUUUCUGUUCUGAAUGUGGGAAAUAUUUUUCACAGAAGUCCCAUUUUAACAGACAUCAGAAGUCUCACUUGGGCGAGAAGCCAUAUUCCUGUCCAGAGUGCGGGAAAUGCUUUUCAAGGAAGUCUACUCUCUACAUACACCAAAGAUCACACACUGGCGAGAAGCCGUAUUCCUGUUCAGAGUGCGGGAAAUGUUUUUCAGACAAGUCCUCUCUUUCCACACAUCAGAGAUUGCACAUAG